AUGGAAACAUCAAAACCAUUUCUCUUUGUUCCAGUCUCCUCAACGGGGAAAGUUAAAAGCAAAAAGACUCGAAAAGCAAUUCAGCAACAUGUCAUGCUUGACUGUGCUGCAACGCGACAACGAAAUAUCGCAACCAAAGCCUCGAUUGAGAUCUCGGGAGGAUCAAAUCACGAUCAAGAGAGAAGACGCAAUAAUUUUGAUAGCACAAAACAGUCAAAACUCUCUGAUGGACGGCAGCCAAAAUCCAUUAUCGACUUCUCAAUCGGACUUGGCGGGGGACGAAUGAACCCAUUUGCACAAUAUCCUAUCGCAAUAGAUACAAAAGCGUUGCGUCUCAUUGACUAUAUUCAUACUUCGCCUGAUCCCGCUCUAACGCCGUUUAGAGACACCUGGCUUCCACUCGCCAUGACCGAUCCAGCACUGUUCUACGAAGUAUUAGCAAAUGUAGCUUAUAUCGGGCCGGGUAUCUCUCGGCUUCAUACCGACAAUGUUACCGCUCUACGGUAUCAUGGGAUGUCGAUAACAUCCGUCAACCGGCGGCUCGAAGACCCAAUCUUGGGUGUCAGUGACGGUACUAUUGGCACACAUUCAAGAGGAGACAUAGAUAGCUACAACCUGCACCUUCAAGGUCUCCUCGACAUCAUCAAGCGAAAGGGUGGUGUACACACGAUUGAUCAUAAUAAACUCCUCCGCCUGAUGUUAGCUAAUAUUGAUAUCACCACCGCAUGUUUCCAAGGAAUCCGGCCCAGUUUUCCGCUACCCACGAGUCUGUUACUACACACCAGCUAUGACCCUCCUUGCUCUUUUCCUGUAGCAGGUCUAUCUGCUUCAUGGCCUACGGUAUUCCCACAAAACUUUGCUUUGGGUGAAAUCUUUGGCGACCUGUCAACAGUCAUCAUGACAAUAAACUCGGAAUCUAAAAAGCGGCUCAUCUGGCAAGAUGCACAAUUCGCUCGGAUAUGGGUGGAGCCUCUUGUAUAUCGUUUGCACGACUGUAAGCGAGAGAUUCCAAGUCGAAGUGUUACAAAUAGCACAGAUGAGCUGAAUUGGAUUGUCGUUGAGCAAGGGUGUAUAAUUGGGGCACUACUACUACUGAGCCAAGUUCGUCGACAGUUCAAUAAUUUCGCAACAACAAGUCGAUCUGUGAAACUAUUUUUCACCGGUCAUUUGACCGAUACAUUCAGAAUCCUUCUCGAGGAUCAUGCAGCUUUCUGGAAUAGUUUGAAGACACUUCUUAUCUGGACUUGUAUUCUGGCAGCCAUGGAAGUUGGUCCCCAGCACGACUCCACAUUCUUGAUGAUCAUACGAAAUACAGCCUACGACCUGGGACUGAGCGAGUGGAAUGAAAUCGUUGUGAUGACUUCCAAUUUACUUUGGGUCGGAGAAGUACAAGAUCAAGGAUGUAACUUGGUAGGACAGCGUAUGAACAUGGACGAUUUUGCGGUGGGCAGUACGGAUGAUAUAAGUGGUAAUUUACCGACUGUUUAUUCAGCUUAA